AUGGAAGAAGAGAACCGCCGUCGAGCUGAAAUUGAAAAGCGUGAAAGAGAAGAGGCUGAAAGAAAGGAAAGAGAGCGAUUAGAGAAGGAGAGGCAGCGGGAAAUUGAACGGCAAGCUGAACUUGAACGCCUUCGACAGCUGGAGGAAGCACGCUUGGAACAAGAAAAGAAACGGCAAGCGGAGCGUGAAGCGGCCAGAAAAGAGGCAGAGCGACAAAGAUUGAUUGAAGCGGAAAAGAUGAGAUUGAAGGAAAUGCAGGCACAAAAGCAACGAGAAGCUGAAAUUACGGCGCAACGCCAACAAAGACAGAAGACGCUCACUUUCCAACUUCAAGCGCUCUCUGAAAAAGCUGUUGAUACGGAUUCGAAUAUAACUAAGGCUCGCGAUCGAAUUGCGGAGAUCACUCAUGAAAUUGAAGGAAUGAGGGAUCAACGAGAU